AUGCUAAAAAAUUGGCUGCUGACCAUUUUCUAUGCAACAUUGGAUCACAUUCCACCUGUAGUUUGGGGAAUUUUACAUGUAAUUUCAGACAUCGUUUGUUUCUGGUUUAAUAAAUUAUUGAACUAUUUACGGCCACAAUCAAGACUGGUGUACCAUGAAGCUAUAAAGCAGCUAGAGAAUUCUAAAUCAUAUAAGGAGUGGUGUAAAAAAGCUACCAUGGUGGAUGAAAUAACGGGAGCUAAUUUAUGGAGACGAAAUUUUUUUUCAAGAAGAUAUGAUUUUAAUUCUGUCUUACAACAAUAUUCUCUAUUACAACUGGCAUUAGAUUCGAACAAUGAAAUAACUAUUAAAGAUAGAAUAUCUACUACAGGGCCAUGUAUGUUAAGGAAUUUCGGUGGAAUUGUCGAUCGAAGACUUUUUACCAAAUCUUUGAUGGGUACAAAACUGUUAAUUGAACAAUAUUUAGAUAAAAUUAUCCAAUGUUUGGAUGUCAUUAGCUCAUCUGAGUCUUCUAAUACACAGACAUCUUUUUUUCAAAGAUGUAAAUUAUCUUUGGGUACGACAGCUCUAAUCUUGAAAGGUGGCUCAUUAUUUGGUUUAUUUCAUUUGGGUGUCAUUAAAGGUUUAUUAUCACAAAAUCUAAUGCCGAAUAUUAUUAAUGGUAGUUCCACGGGGGCUUGCAUUGCAGCACUAUUUGGCUGUCUUUCAAAUGAUGAAUUAAUCCGCUUAUUAAAUGGAGAUACAAUAUUAAAUAUUAUUAGAUAUGAUACCGAAUUAUUAAAAAGUUGCGGAUAUGGCAAUGUUGAACAACAUUUAAAUUUAGGAACUCUAAUUCAAAAUUUAAUUCAUCAUGGUUAUUCUCAAGAUGUUUAUUUAUUUUGCCAAUUUGUUUUAAAAUAUGUUAUAAAAGAUAUCACUUUUGAAGAGGCUUACCAAUCUACGGGUAAAGUUUGUAGUAUUGUGAUUCAUCCAACAGAUAAAUCAUGCCCAACUCUUUUAAAUUAUGUUACAACUCCAAAUGUUUUAAUAAGAUCUGCAAUCAGUUGUAGCUUGGGGAAGGGUGUUCUUUCAGAACAUCCAAAAUUAUUAUGCAAAAACUUGGAAAACCAAAUAGUUUCAUUUUUACCAGAUAAUAAGGAUUUAAUAAUCGAAUAUUUGGCUCCAGAAAACGCUACUCUAAGCAAUACUGUAGAAAAUCCUUACACAAGGUUAACAGAAUUAUUUAAUGUAAAUAAUUUCAUCGUGUCCUUAGCAAGGCCAUACUGGGCCCCAUUAGUAAUUAAUGAUUUAAAACAUGAAAUUAAAACUUCAAAAUAUUAUUACUAUAAGCAUUAUCCUUCUAAUACAAACACUCCACACAAUUUACAAUUAGAUUAUUCAGACAUGGAGCCUCUAGCAUUCAAAGCAAAAUACCACUUGGAAAGGAAAUUAAAAAAUAUUCUAACUAUGGAAUUCCGUCAUAGAAUUGAAAUGUUAGAUAAUUUAGGUCUUGUAAGUUCAUGGAUUAAAAGAUUUAUUAUUGAUGACAAGACUCCACGAUCAGCUACAGAAAUAACAAUUGUCCCUAGAAUGAAAAACUUAUCAGUAGCAAGAAUAAUCGAGGGCCAACUUGAUAAUAUCCCUUACUGGAUUAAUUGUGGUGAACAAAGUUCAUGGCCAGUAUUAUCUCUAAUCAAAACAAGGUGUGCGGUUGAAUUUAAGCUGGAUGAUAUUAUUAGAACUAGAAGAAAUAAGUUAUAA